GCAGGCAAAAAACAAGUGGCGCACACUCGCAGCCGAACCUUCCGAACGCGCUGACCGCGCGCUCACUCUGUGUGUGUCUCUCUAGCGGGCCGUGGAAUGUUUCCUCCAAAUCGUGCUUGGAGUGUGUAGAGUUGAGUGUGCUGCUGUUUGCUGCUACUGCUGUGCAAUUCGCGCAAUCUAAGUGUUUUGAUACAUCUCGUAGGGCAAAAUAAUUGUAUCUGUGUAAGUGUGUGAGAGUGGUCUAUGCCCUCGUGUGUGUAUGUGUGUGUGUUUUUGUUUAAUUUGUGAAUUGUGAUUCGCGCUCUGGGCCGUGAGCUUUUCCCGUUUUAUUCGCAGUGCGUUUCUUUAAAUCGGUCGGAACACAGCACAACAACGCAAUCAUCUCGUGUUUGUGUGUGUGUGUGUGUGGUCUAUCGCUUUUUUUUUUCGUUCGUCGCCCAGCUGCACAUCUAUUUCGGAACCCGUGCGCGCGUGUGUGUGUGCGUGUAUGUGUGUUUUGUUAAUUUAUUUCCCCCUCUCAACCAGUGUGCGUGUGUGCUGUAUCCCCCCGCCCAAUAGUAAAAAGUUGUUCUCGAUCGUGCGUGAUCGUGCGUGAAAAAAGUGUCUCUCCGGGUGUGUCUGUGCUUCGUUUCGAAAGAAGUAGAAGAAUAGAGUGGGGGAAUCAAAUAGAAGCCUAGAAAAGGAAGAAAAAGAAGUGUGUACGUGUGUGUGUUUGUGUUUCGAAAUCGAAGGCUGCUUCCUUCAAGGCUGUCCCUUUUUUUGGGAGAGUUUUCUGUAGCCCAAGAGUGUGCCCGACUGUGUGUGCCCCCGUAGCCCAAAGCCAGCAGGAAGGACGAAGGCUGCUGUAAAAGGAAGGAAACGGACAUCAGCAACACAUCCGUUCGUUUUUGCCACAACGCCUACUGUGAACCGGUCGAACAUACGAAGUCACGUUCCAAUCACACAUACAACAAAAAAAAACCCCAUCGUCUGAUCCUGGUGCGUGCAGCAGCAGGCCACACAAGCACUCCUGUUAGCGCUCGCUCUGGUGGGUUUUUAACCCGUGCAGCAAACAUCCUUUCCUUUGGCGGACAGAUGUAUCCGGCGUAGUGCAGCAAACGGAGAGUGUGUGUGUUGUUCCACUCCAAAUCCGUGGUUCAAUUCGUAGCUGAAGAACGCCCGCACAACCAAGGAGGAGAGUGCGUAGUUGUAGACUGCUCUACGCGUCCUCUGCUAGUGACAGGGUGCCGGAGGAGGACGCUAGGGUUCUGGGGUCGUACGCUGGAGUGGUGUCCUGCCGCCCCGGUCUGAUAAUACGGCGUCACCAGCCAUGCUAGCACCGGGCAUUCGAGUCGCCCGCGGUCCCGACUGGAUCUGGCAUGAACAAGAUGACGGCGAGGGACACGUCGGGACGCUGUGCGAAGUAGGACGCUCCGGAUCGACCCACUCGCCAGACAAAACGGUCGUCGUGAACUGGGACUCGGGCCAUCGGACCAACUACCGCGUCGGCUACCACAAGCAGUACGAUCUGAUCGUGAUCGACAACGCACAGAUCGGCGUGAAGCAUCCGAACAUCAUCUGCGACGGCUGCAACAAGGCGGGCAUCGCGGGCAUCCGGUUCCGGUGUGCCGAGUGUGCCUCGUACGACCUGUGCGCGACCUGCUACGGGAACGAUCUGCACGACCUCGAGCAUCCGUUCAUCCGCUUCCAGACGGCCAACUUGGUCGGCAUCCGUUUGCCACCGCGGAAGGGCGCAGCCAAGAUACAGCUAAAAGGCAUCUUUGUCGGUGCGAGAGUAACGCGCGGUCCCGACUGGGAAUGGAAUAAUCAGGACGGCGGUCCGGGCAAGACUGGUCGUGUUAUGGAAAUUCGCGGCUGGGACAACGAAUCCUGUCGCAGCGUCGCCAGUGUAGCGUGGGCCUCCGGCUCCACCAACGUGUAUCGGUUAGGGCAUAAGGGAAACGUGGAUCUGCGGUACGUGCAGCCAGCCGUCGGCGGAUAUUACUACAAAGAUCACAUGCCAGUAUUAGGACAACCGGAAGAACAGCAGCCGGUUUCGCCGCCGGUGCGUUCGCACUUUUACGUCGGCGACCGGGUGCAGGUGGCGAUCGCGGAGGAUCGCCUCAAGAUGCUGCAGCAGGGCCACGGCGGAUGGAAUCCGCGCAUGGCCGAAUACCUGACGAAGGUCGGCAUCGUGCACCGGAUCACGGACAAGGGCGACAUACGGGUGCAGUACGAGGGCUGCGCCAACCGGUGGACGUUCCAUCCGGCGGCGCUCGUCAAGAUCUACAGCUUCAACGUGGGCGACAUGGUGACGUUCAUCUCGGACCCGGCCAAGAUGCAGCAUCUGCAGAAGGGGCACGGCGAGUGGAUCGAAACGAUGCACAACGUGCUGGGCAAGCCGGGCAAGGUGAUCAAGAUCUACGGCGAUGGGGAUUUGCGCGUCCAGCAGCUGGAUGACGAUAUGGCGUGGACGGUAAAUCCGAAGUGCGUCAAGCUGGCGUCAUCGUGUCAUGCGGCGGCGACAGAACGAUCGAACAGUAUGGCGGAUCUGAGCAAUCAGCGCAACCAGGAGCAUCAUAUGGCACCGUUGGCCGGGCUGACCGGGGGUACUGCGGCGGAUAAGCUGGUGCGGGAGGCGGCCCAGGGUAAUCUGGACUACGUGCAGAGUCAGCUAUGCAUGACUCCGGAGGCAGUGAACUACGUGAGCGGUGGCAAAACCUGCCUGCAAGUCGCAGCCCACCAGGGUCACGUGGAGCUCGUGAAAUACCUCAUCCUCAUGGGCGCCAACGUCAACGUGGUGGACAAGGAGGGUGAUUCCACCCUCCACUACGCCGCGUUCGGCAACCAGCCGGAGGUAAUGCGCGUCCUGCUCCAGCACAACGCCAGCAUCGACGAGCUCAACUCGUCCCACUGCUCCGCGCUGCACAUCUCCGCCCACAAGAAGCCGCCGCACUGCGUGAAGGUGCUGCUCGAGUUCGGCGCCAACGUGAACAUGCAGGACGCGUACGGCGACACCGCCCUGCACGACGCCAUCGGCAAGGAGAACACGGAAGUGGUCGAGCUGCUCUGCAGCUGCCCAACGCUCGACCUGACGAUCCGCAACCACCGCGGCUUCAACGCGCUGCACCACGCGUCCCUGAAGGGCAACGUGCACGCGGCGCGCCACAUCAUCCGCCUGGCGCGGCAGCUGGUGAACGUGCGCAAGGAUGACGGGUUCGCGGCGCUGCAUCUGACCGCGCUGAACGGGCACACGCGCGUCAUUGAGGUGCUGGUGCAGGAGGGCCAGGCGGACAUAAACAUCCGCAACAACCGCAGCCAGACGCCGUUCCUGCUGGCGGUGUCGCAGGGCCACACGGCCGCGAUCGAGAAGCUGGUCGAUCUGGGCGCGGACGUGCGGGCGCGCGACGAGGACGGCGACAACGCGAUGCAUCUGUGCAUCAUCAAGAAGGGCAACCUGGUGCACGACGUGUCGCCGACGGAUGCGCCGAAAAUACACGACAUCUACCAGUCGCUGGCUGGCAUCGUGAUCGAGCAUCGGUUGAUGUACGCGCUGCUGUGCUUUCUCGCCAGUGAGGGCUGCCCGUUGGACGUGAACCGGAAGGGCGCCCGUGUGCUCGACUGGAUCGGCAGUCCGCAGAUCAAGGAGAUCAUUGUGGAGUACGAGCGGACGCGGCUGGCACGGGAAGCGGCGGCAGCCGCCGCCCCCAACGGUCCCGUCAUCUCCACGAGCUACCCGGUCGCCCACGGUCUCGGUUCCGCGGUCGGCGGGUCGUGCUCGCGCAAUCUUCCCAACGCCGAGGAGGACACCCAGCAGUUGCUGUGCAACUUUGAGGGGAUGAGCAUUGCACCCGCGGGCUCCACCACCGCCGCGCCGAGCAUUGAGGCGGUGAGUGGUGGCAGCGGGCGGGUGGAGAAGCUUGCGGACGCUGCCGGCAGUGGAUCGCUUGCGCUCGAGAACGGCCUAGCGGGUGGUAGCGGCCUUCAGCACGCCUCGCCACCACCUCCACCAUCAUCCUCUUCCUCCAGUGGCCCGGCGGGCGGCAACAGCAGCAGCAGCAACAGCAAUCCCCCUACCCCUGCCCGCCGCAACCGGGGACAUGCGGCGGCAGCGGCGGCAGCAGCCGCCCGCGACGCAACCACUGCCGGUGCACUCGUCACACCGCCCGCCGUCCUCGGGGCCGGCAGUCACGGUGAUGAGUCGGAGCACGGCGCAGCACCCCAGCCACCCCCGCACACCUCCACCGAGCUGAACGUCAGCGGUAGCUUCGGCAACGACGUGUUUGUGCAGGCGUUCCACCCGCGCCACUCACCCAACAGAGCCUUAUCGCCCGCGAUGGGCGACUCGCCCGCCACCGGCGCCCCAAUCCCGCCCAAUCACGGGAUGUUCGCGAAACCGAUGAUGAAGCCGUGCCGCGGCGGGGCCAGCCAUCUGUCGGGCAUGUUCGGUACUACCACCAACGCUGCCGCCGCCGCCGCCGCCGCGAAGCAUAACAGCCCGCGGCAGUUCGUGCAGGACAAGAGCGUGCCCCAGCCACCAACGCCCGCCGCACCCGCCAGUGCCGCCGGUGCUGCGUCCUCCGCUAGUCCAACGCCACCGCCAGUGCCACCGCCGCUGCCGACGACGCCGGCCCAUCAGCUGCACCAGCUGCUCCACCAGCCGCCACUGCCCCCGACGGACGCACCGCGCGAGUGCAUCGUGUGCAACGAGACGCUCGCGCUGAUCGUGUUCGAGCCCUGCCAGCAUCAGAUCGCCUGCGCCGAGUGUGGCGUGCGGAUGAAGAAGUGUCUCACCUGCGGGCUGCACAUCGAGCGGCGCACGACCGCCGCCGGCUGCCCGCUCGAGGGCUCGAAGGACGGCCGGCUGCUGUCCGCCGACCGGCUGCGCUACCUCGAGAGCAAGAUCAUGGAGAUAGAGGAAACGCACUGCUGCAGCAUCUGCAUGGAGCGCCGGCGGAACGUCGCGUUCCUCUGCGGCCACAGCUCCUGCUCCAAGUGUGCGGAAACGCUCAAGAUCUGCCACAUGUGCCGGAAGCCGAUCACGAAAAAGAUUAAUCUUUAUUAGGAGCGGUUAGGGUGAAGCAUAAAAAAGGGUAAUUUGCGCUUGCAAAAAAGCAAAAGCAACAAGAUAUAGAACAAGAACCAUUAUAGGCUAGAUAAUCGAAAGGGCGAAAGGGGAGAGAAUGCUAAUGUCAGCUAAUUUGUAAGUGUUCACUAUUUAUUUCACAAUUUCCUAAACAAAACCGACCCAAACUCACCCUCACACACACAUAUACGCACACAGCGUCCCGUGCGUCUCGCAGCAAAACGUCCCAAAGCGUGUAGAGAGUAGGGCCGACUCUGAGCCCCUCCAAACACUACUUCCUAAAGCCUAGUCCUGUUUCGUAUUCUGUUUAGGGAGAGGGUUGCGCGCGGGCGUCUAGUGUUUAGUUCCCGUUCACCACCACCACCACCACCAUCCCCCAUAUAUCCAUCGUGUGUAUCUCUCUCACCGUGUGUAAAUAGAACGUUUUCGGUAUGUGUGUUAUAUAUAAAUAGGUAUAUAUAUAUAAAUGUAAAUGUAAAGUGUGUAUGUGUUCAACGAUAGAACAAAUGGUUCCCCGAUAGUCGAAAAUGCACAGCGCAUCAGCAUGAUCCUAUAGUGUGUGUGUGUGAGAAGUGUAUGUGUGUGUGGGUGUGGUUGAUAUGAUGUUCGGUUUAUCAUUAACGACGCGUAAAGGGACGAAUUAGUUUAUGGCACACAUAGUUUUGUUUGUUUUUGUUAGAUAACUAAUAGCUUAAUUUGCCUGCGUAUAUUAAAAAACGAAAUUAAAGAAGAAAAAACACAAACAGUCUAAAAAGUAUGGCAAAGAAUGGAGUUGAAAUGUGAGAAGAAUGUUCCGCCUCAGUCAAACCUCGUUGUUGUUCGCACCUUUCGUCUCGGUGGGCUUGUAAGUGUCACUUACGCAUUUGCACAAAACAUUGAUACGCUUGUAAAUACCGCUGCAAUGGCGUGAUCCAUCAUUACAACAAGCUUGUACAAGAGUGUGUUCAACAUCUGCAGCAUGAAGUUAAUGCUUUUCUUGAGGAUAGCUUUGCGACUUUUGCUCCACUGCAAACUAUUAUUGCCCAGUUUUAUGUUCCCCAGUAAGUGUGUUUUGUGGUUUUGUUUUGUUGUACUAUUUUCUCAUUAACGAGUUUAGUUUUUGCACAAUAUAUCGUACCAUCAGAUCAUUUGUGAAUACGCACAACUGCUUAAAAACACACAAUUGUGUCACUUUAUUAAAAAAAAACUCUCUCUCUCUCACACUCACUGCCUCAGCUAAGUCAAAACCAUGCCAAAAUUUGUCUUCUUUCCUUUUUCAUAAAAAUAAAAUCCGUCUCUGCGGGAAAGUGGAAGCGAAAAAUCAACAGUAUGUAUGUUAAAUAAACUAAAACAAAGGCGUUAACACUGAUUGUAAGCGAACGCAAAAUAUAACGAACAAGAAAGUAUAUCCCCGCACUGUGUAAGCGUUUGGUGAAAAUGUAGCUUUGUAGGAGCACACACAUACACACAUCGUGUAGCAAAGAUUGUUGUACGUUGUUGUGUUAAAAAAGCAUAACAGAAGACUUGUGUCUGACUCGCGAGGGGAGGGAGAGAAGAUUCACAGACACAUCCCGGUAGCUUUUUUAAAUUAAUCUCUAUUCCGUUGUUGAUCCCUUUUUAUAUCACAUAUUAUCGAAUCGAAUGAGACGAGCAUGCGAACUGCACAUUGGUGAUGGAAACACGCAUUCUGGGUGGUAGUGGUAGACCCAGAAGCAGGACUGCUGUAGCUAUUUUUGUACAACUGUUUCCAGCUGCUUUGUUUUCGGAAGUGCAAUAUAAGCCAAAAACAGUGCAAUAAGUGUAAUAAUGUUGCAUGCUCCCCGUUUUUUAGGUGAAGAUAGCAAGAGUCCGUUUAGUUCGAUAAUGAGCGAAUUUUAGGAGAAAAUAAACAGCGCAAACCCACCAUCACCACCACCACCGUUGCAGGUGUGGAAAAAUAGUUUGGAUUUAUAUCUUUUUUUUAAUAAUAGCUACCAACAGCACCUCCCGAAGAACAACAGCAUUGUCGCUUUUGUAUGUGCGUUUGAUGUACAAGCUGGACA